UCGAGCGAGCCGAGACUUUUCACACGAAAAGCUCGAAAACGAACCGAAUCGAAAAAAACCCAACUCGAAAUUAUUACGACCUCCUGCAGCUUGUUUUACAUAGGAUAAAUAACUACAACCCCUUUUUAUGAUUCGGACCAGAAUUAUCUGUUUUAUAUAUUUUUGAUUAAAAAUGAAUUAAGUGAAUAAUUUUUAAAAAUAAUUUAUUACUCAUUUUAUUUUAAUUUUAUUAAUUUUUAGGUAUGGGAUUUUAUGGUAUGUUAUUAUUUAAUAUACUUCAUUUAUCAAAAAUUUAUGAGAAAUAAUUUUAAAGAUUGUAUUGUACCUUCAGUAAUUGUCAAAAAUAUGUUUCAAAAUGCUGGAUGGACUUCCCCAUAUACUCCUUAUCAACCAGAAAUAGCACAGGGACGCUUAGAAAGUCUUUUAAAUUUCCAGACCAUGAUAUCUGAUUUAACUGGUUUACCCUUUGCAAAUGCUUCAUUGUUAGAUGAAAGUACUGCUUGUGCUGAGGCUAUUGCUUUAGCUGUUCGUGUAACUAAAAGGAGAAGUUUGUUUUUACGUUGAGAAAUUCUGAAAUUUUAUUUCCGAGUAAAGAACAAAUUUUAAAUUCUUAAAAUAAAAAUUUGUAACAUUUAAAAAAAUUUUUGUCAAAAGUAAAAAUUCCAAGAAAAAUUCAAAAAAAUCCACGAAAAAAUAUUUGUUCGAUACUCAAAGACACUGGGGCCAAAAUUUAGCCAAAAAUUUCAAAAAUAUCAUAAAAAAUCUAUAAAAAUUCAAAGCAUAUUUGAUCGGUUAUAUGCUGACAAGGCUUUACUAAAAUUUUAUUUUUCGCGUGUAUCCUUAGAAAUCGUGAUU